CCACUGAGCACCGACGAGUACGCGCUCUGGUCAAUGCAGGAGCGUGAGGACCGCGAGGCGGGCGCGGAUUCUGCCAACGCGGAGACCUUCGGGGACGACGCGGUGCUGCGCGGCUGGAGUUUCGAAGAGAACCUGGCAGCGAAUGAGCGCAUCGCGAAGGCGACCGCUAUCCAUGCGCCCGAGCCCCAGGCACAGCAGCAGUUCUACGAGCGUUGGUGGCUGCCCGACCGCCAGUGCGCACCAGCGGAGCCGCUCGAAACGGCGAUCGCGGAGGUGGAGCGUUUGAAGCGCGCGAUGCAUGAGGCUGUGGAGCUGACGGAGGUCAAGCCCGACUGCAUGAAGAAGGUCAUGCACCUCGUGGUGUCCAAUGGCUGGAACCACAUCACUUGGCGGUGCGACUACACCGCCCUGCACCUGGCGGCGGAGCUGGGCCGCCCGGACGUUGUCCCGCUGCUCGUGGUGAUGCGCGGGGACCUGGAGGCGAAGGACUCCAAAGGCAGGACCCCGAUGGACGUGGCCAAGGCGCGCGGCCGCGACGUCGCCGCCUUCUCGCCGCUGCAGCCGGCAUGCCUCGCGGCGAGGCAGCUGGACGAGUUGGUUGGCGACGCCAGGGAUGGCGGGCUUCUGCCGAAGGAGCAGUCCAACGACGCGCUCCGCGAGACCAUCCUG